ACAAAGCGAAACUUUUUUUUUAGUUAUAAUUGUUUUAGAUAAAUUAAAAAUGUCUAAAAAGAUAAAAAAGAGAUUGCUAGAAUCUGAAUUUAACGAAAACUGUUUAUUAUUAAAGUUGCUAUCAGAUCAUAUGAUAUUGUUUGUUUUUCAACAUUUGGAUUCAUUUUCUUUGUCUAAUGCUGCUCGUGUAUGUCGUCGUUGGUACCAUUUAACCCAAGACAAGACACUUACAAAACAUUUUGAUUCACGUAUGAAACCACUUAGUUUAAAACAAUUAUGGAAUGUACUUCGUAAAAAACUCACUAUAUCAACUUCAUCUGUUCAUUUAUGUGGUGCUAAGUCACCAAAUAAAAUCGAAAUGUUAUCACUUGCAUUUUUAAAGGAUCUUCAAAUACAAUGUCCUUAUAUAACUGCACUUAGUUUAGAACUGUUUGAUUUUCACUCUAUAAAUAUAGAAGCACUUCCAAUAAAUUUACAUAGCUUGUCCUUAAAAGGAUCAAUUUUGUCAUUAGGUUGGUUUGAUCCAUUAAAAUCUGGUCGCUGUUUUACAAAAUUAAAGUAUUUAAAUUUAACUGAUUGCACAAAGUUGUGCAAUAAUGAUUUAGAGGCUAUUUCUUAUAUUAGUUUACUUGAGAAAUUGUAUUUACAAAAUUGCUAUAGAAUAUCAGCACGCGGUAUUCCAUCAAUCACUAUAAGCAUGAAGUUCUUAAAUACUAUUGAUUUAUCUAAAGUUCCUGCAGUUAAUAAUGUUGUCAUGCAUUAUUUGUCUCAGUUACAACAACUUCUUGAGCUUCGUUUAAGGUUUUGUCAUUUAAUUACUGAUGAUGGUAUCAGGAAGUUAUUUCAUGGAAGUGUUGGGGAAACAUUAAGAAUGUUAGAUAUAUAUAAAUGUCAUGAGCUCACCAAUAAUGCUCUUGAUGUUAUUAUAAAACAAUCAAAAUCAUUAAAACUUCUUGACAUUGGAGGAAAUACCAAGUAUACAGAUAGUAAAGUUAGAGAGGUCUGUAGACUACUUUGUUUUUGUGAUGUUAAAUGGCAAGCGAAUGACAUUGUUUCAGAAUGCUUUUUAAACAACUAUGAUUAUAAUCAAUGUCUUGAUGUUAAACGUCAAAGCAACCUAUAAAAUUUGUGCUGUCUUUUUGAAGUUAAAAAUUUACUUUUAAAUUAACAUUCUUAUGCAUUUACAUAUAAUGAUCAACAAAUUUUAAUAAUUUUUAUAUUUAUAAAUGCUAACAAAAUAAUACUUAUUUGGAAAUUUUUUAAAUCUUUUGUUAUAAAUUUGUAUUUAUUACUAAUUGGAUAAAUAGUUGUAA